AUGUAGACGGCGCUAGUAAAGAUAGCGCGUGCGCAGCUACAAAAUCUAUAUUAAAAUGGAGGAUAAGAAUCAGGUCGUGGAGCGAGAGGCUAAGAAAGAUGAAAUUCAUGAAAAAGAUGGGCAUUCCAAAAGUUCUAAGAAAAGGAACCGUAAGAAAAAGAAACAGCCAGUACAUUCCACGAGUGAAAAUCACAAUAAUGCAGGACACAGUGAAGAAAAAAAUCUUCACAGUGCUUGCAAUAUCUCAAUAAAGGAAAUACAAAUGGCUAUGGAAGUAUUUAAUAUGCAACAGAAGCCUGCCAAAACUCAAGAAGAAGCGAUGCAAAAGCCUUAUCAAUUUUGGAGUACGCAACCAGUACCUAAAAUGGAUGAAAAAAUUGUGUGCAAUGAACCGAUCGAACCUGACAAAACUUCUAUAAGGGCAGAACCUUAUUCAUUGCCAGAAGGUUUUCAAUGGGAUACUUUAAACCUUGAUGAUCCUUUGGUAUUAGCAGAAUUAUAUUCUCUGCUAUCAGAAAAUUAUGUAGAAGAUGACGACGCGAUGUUUAGAUUUGAUUAUCCACCUAUAUUUUUGAAAUGGGCAUUACAACCACCAGGAUGGUGUAAAGAAUGGCAUUGCGGUGUUAGAGUCAGCAAAAGCGGACGUCUAGUCGGUUUCAUUUCCGCUAUUCCAGCUACUCUACGCAUUUAUAACCAUACAAAAAAGAUGGUGGAAAUAAAUUUCUUGUGCGUACAUAAGAAAUUAAGAUCUAAAAGAGUUGCUCCUGUUUUGAUACGAGAAAUUACGAGGAGAGUAAAUCUACAAGGAAUAUUUCAGGCUGUGUAUACUGCUGGAGUUGUAUUACCAAAACCAGUUGCAACUUGCAGAUAUUGGCAUCGAUCACUUAAUCCAAAGAAGCUUAUCGAAAUUAAAUUUUCUCACCUGUCGCGUAACAUGACUAUGCAAAGAACGUUAAAACUGUAUAAACUGCCAGAGAACACCAAGGUGCCUGGAUUUAGAAAACUCGUUUAUACAGAUAUUCCACAAGCUCACAAAAUUUUAAGCGAUUACUUAGAAAAAUUUGAUCUGGCACCGAUUUUUACAAUCGAGGAGUUUCAACAUUGGUUCCUUCCACAAAAUGGUAUGAUCAAUACUUUUGUAGUCGAAAAUGAUGGUAAAAUCACGGAUAUGGUUAGCUACUAUACAUUGCCAAGUUCAAUAAUGCAUCAUCAAGCACAUAAGACCUUAAAAGCUGCAUAUAGUUUUUACAAUGUCUCCACCGUUACCCCUUGGCUCGAGCUUAUGACUGAUGCUCUUAUAUCGGCCCGUAACUUGGGUUUCGAAGUAUUCAAUGUAUUAAAUUUAAUGGAUUGGAAAUUUCGAAAUUUGGUAUUGGCGAUGGUAAUCUCCAAUAUUACUUAUACAACUGGUGUUGUCCAAGUACGAUGCUUGAAUAUUCCAGUAGAUUUUUAAAUCAACAUGUUGACUGAAAUAUAAAACGAUUGUAAGCUUGCAUGAAUGAAAGAAAAGAAUGCAAGAGUGUGAGUGACGAGAAAGAAACAUGGCAAUAUGAGAUACACACGUAAGAAUAUAAACGACGAAAAAAAAAAAAAGAAAAAAGAGGAGGAGUACGGAGCCUCUAAUAUUUCCGCGAUUACAAAGGAUAAAAAAAAAGCGAGCAAACGAACGUUAAAUAACAGCGGAAGAAGAGGGAGGGUUGAAUAAAUACGUGUGAAAAAUCUUUCGGGACUGUGAGUCGAUCUCUCAGUACUUUCGGAUAUCAUUCUUUCCUACGUCCUUGAUACUCGACAGGACGAGACAGGGACAGGGUCAAGAUCGGUACGGUGUAGAGAAAAUAUUGCAUGCGCCAACGCGAGUGUAUAUACGUAUAUGUGCGUGAUUCGAGCAAUGUAGAUAAGUAUCGUAACGUUAGUAACUUGACCGAGCCACGCAAAGGAUGAGAACGUAAACAACUAGGGUGCGAUCUAACUUCUUCGAGAGAACUAUAUUCCCUUUGCACCUUCUUGGCAAGAUAGAUGAUAAUGAAUGUCAUGAUAAGAAUAUCAAUGUCAAGAUAAGAACGAAAAAAAAAAAGAAAGAAAGAAAAGAGUUACAAUAAAAUAAGUUUCAUCGGUGAAAUAUCCCUCUUUUCUCUUCUCCUUAUUUUCUUUCUUUAAUUAUUUAUUUUUUCUUUCUUUAUCUUUUAUCUUUCUUACAACACUCGAUCACAAAUGUAAAAGUUUGGACGUUAACACAUGAAGUAUUUGUAUUCUUUCAAAUUACACGUCCUUUUUCCGGGACUACGCUUGAUCGAUCGUACGACCACCGUGAAUUAUCCACCAACGAUAAGAUAGCGGUGAGAAGAUGAAAGAAUGAACAAAAGACGACAACUUUGAAAACGUCGACUGAACUCCGACAUUUAUUUGAAUGCGAUUGCUUAAUUUAAUUUAUUCUCCCUUCUUUCUUUUCUUCUUUUUCAAUUUCAUUUGGAAUCAAGGUUCGUUCUUAUCGUGAUAAAGGGAAGAAUACGAUUUAUGUUUCAUUAAUUCAAUGCGCCAUUAUUACGACAAGUUGACACUUUAUUUUUUCCUUUUAUAAAAAUUAACUCGUCUUCUAUAAUUGCUCAAUAGGCAGAUAUAAACACACACACACGGAAAGAAAAAACUGUAUAACUCACAGACACGCUCUCACAGAGAGAAAUUUUUCUUUGUAACUGCCGCUCUAGAUAAAAACGCCCGUCUCGAAGAACUCCGACGGUCGACAUGCAAGGCCUUCUUCUCAAGAUAAAAGGAACGAAACUAUGUUUCUGUCACAAUUAGCCGGCUUAACAUUUGCAUUCUAUUUAGAUAGGAUGCUAGCAGGCACACCCUCUGACAAGUUCGUAGGCACAACAAAUGUUAGUCUACACCGAUAAUAAUCCACAUCCGUCGAUAAGUGUUUAUUGCCCGUGCCGUCGACAAAAAUAAAAGAAAGAAAAAGGGGAAAAAAAAAGAAAGAAAAAUGUCUCGCCGCAACCAAAUAAUAUCUUUAUAAAAUCUAAGAAACCGAUUGAUCAAAUCGUAGAAAUAUCGAGUAUUAUCCUAUCAUAAGAAUAGUCGACGAAGUUAAUUCAAUUAAGAGUAUGUCAAAAGCGCUAUUAUAAAGAGAUAAAACGUGCAACAGACGAUACGAAUGUUUUUUACUUAUUGAAAUAUAGAGUCUAACAAGGUACGGAUUAUAAAUUUAAUUAUAGUAUAAAGUUCGUAACGUCCAUUAUCUACCAUCGUGUAUUUUGAAGUGACCGUCGUUAAAAAUUAUACGACGUUGGGGAUAUAAAAAAAGGAAAAAAGAAAAAAGAAAAUGUCGCUAUAACCGAUAUAAAGAAUACGAACUACGUAGUUUAUGACUUCCUUGAACACUGUACUACAUGUAAUAAACGAAGAAAAAAUAUUUUUACUA